CAAGAUAUUAGUAGUCAAUUUUUUUAUUUCAUGGGUGUGUUCGAUUCUCAAACCCAACCCACCGACCAUCCCUCUUUUCACAAAAUCCCUAACUUUUGGUGAUUCAGCUUAUCGUCUAUGCCAUUUCUUCCCAAACCCUAGUUUCAGUCCUUCGUCCACCGUCCUCCGGUGCACCCAGUUGCCGGCCGUUUCCUCCAAUUUUGUUCACCACCUGCAAAAUCUCUCCCUCCAUCCGAAUCUCUAACAUCUUCGUCACGGUUUGUGUCGCUGAUCUUUGGGUAUACUGAUACUGGGUAGCAAUUUGGUGUUCAAAUCCUUUAUUUUUUUGAUCCAAAGGUAUUGCUGAAAGAUAUAAUAUGGCCAGUUUAGUUUCCGGAGAUUCUUCACAUUUCGGAGUAUCAGAAUUGAGUAGAGUGUCUCAAGAGAAGCCCGAGGAUGGUGGCCGAUGGUACUUUUCUAGGAAGGAGAUUGAAGAGAAUUCUCCAUCUAGGCAUGACGGAAUUGAUUUGAAAAAGGAAACAUACUUGCGCAAGUCAUACUGCACUUUUCUACAAGAUUUAGGAAUGAGACUCAAAGUACCUCAGGUAACAAUUGCUACAGCAAUUAUUUUUUGCCACCGUUUUUAUCUUCGUCAGUCCCAUGCCAAGAAUGACAGAAGGACUAUAGCGACGGCUUGUAUGUUUCUUGCUGGGAAGGUUGAAGAAACCCCGCGUCCAUUGAAGGAUGUCAUCGUUGUUUCUUAUGAUAUCACACAUAAAAAGGAUCCUGCUGCAGUCCAGAAGAUUAAACAAAAAGAAGUAUACGAACAACAAAAAGAGCUAAUUCUACUAGGGGAAAGGGUUGUACUUGCAACUCUUGGUUUUGAUCUAAAUGUACAACAUCCAUAUAAACCUCUUGUUGAGGCUAUAAAGAAAUUUAAAGUUGCACAAAAUGCUCUUGCUCAGGUUGCAUGGAACUUUGUCAAUGAUGGGCUGCGGACAUCUCUUUGCUUGCAGUUUAAGCCCCAUCACAUAGCAGCAGGUGCCAUAUUCCUUGCCGCCAAAUUCCUUAAAGUCAAACUUCCUUCAGAUGGUGACAAGGUCUGGUGGCAAGAGUUUGACGUCACCCCACGUCAAUUGGAAGAAGUUAGCAAUCAAAUGCUAGAGCUGUAUGAACAGAACAGAGCACCUCCAAACCAAGUUAGUGAGGCUGAGGGAAGCGUAGCUGGCAGUGCUGCAAAUCGACCAACUUCAAGAACAUCAACUGAAGAGCAAGUACCAAAUAGCAACUCUUCUCAUGCUGGAGUUGCUACAAAGCCAGGAACCUUGAAGCCUCCAAGCUCUCAACAGUUGCCUGAUCAUUCAAAUAAACAGUCUGUACCCCCUAGAGGCUCCCAUAAUCGAAUUAAUGACUAUGGGAAUUCUGAUCACAAGGCCCAUGGAGAAUUAAGGGCUGUGGAACCCUCAGUUUACCAAGAGAAUCCAGUGGAAGGACAAAAUAUGAAAAAUGGCCCUGAAUGGAACAGUAGUGAAGAUAGUAAAGAAAAAACUAAUGUGGGAAAUAGAGCAAAAGAAGGGGAUUCAAAAGAUAAAUACCAUGGCAAUAAUGUAGAAUCUAAGGAAGUUGGGCAAACCCAAUCACCAUCUGAAAUUAUUGAAAAGAUAGAUACAAACAAGUUGAAAGAAUUGCGUGAAAAAAGAAGGAAGUCUCGGGCAGAUGUAGUUCGAAAGAAAGACUCAAUGGAUGAGUAUGAUCCUAUUAUGAAGGAACUAGAGGAGGGGGUUGAGUUGGCCGCUGCUGAGAGUGAGAAAAUGAAGCAGGAAAAGAAACAGAACUGGACUCAGCCCUCCACCCGACUAGAUAAUGAUGGUACACAUAACAGUAAACUUCUUGAGACUCCUGGAGAUCGGCAUCCUAUGUGCUCAAAGGGCCAACAAUCACAUGGACUAGAUCUGGAGAAUGUAGAAGAAGGUGAGUUGUCUGCAUUGGAAGAUUCUAGCUGGGAUUAUCAAUCACCUAAAUCAAAUGAUCGGAAGAGAAAAGCUGGGAGCCCACUAGACAAAACAAGUGAUGGGAAAAGGUGGCGUGAUAGUAUGCCAGGGGAUUUUUCUGAAGAAAAAAGCAGGAUGGGCCGCCUUGGUUACCCUGACAGAGAUCAUAAAAGGCAUGUACCAGAGAAUCAUGUCUGAGGUGGUUUAUCUUUCCCUGAAGAUUAUCAGCCUAUCUACAUGUUUGUAGUAUAGCAGAGUGCAGCUGCUUGAUUAAAAUAUAGGUAUGUCCAGAAUGCCAUUUGUUUGGUGCUUCUUAAAGUUUGUUGUUGAUUACAUUUCCAGUGAGCUUUCAUUUGUGUUAAAAACUGAAAAGAAGAAAAGAAAGGGAAUCUAGAUUCUAGAAUCUGACUGGUCAAAUUUUGGCUAUGGCUUCUUGACCUGUAUUUUUAUUUUUUCCUUUUUAUCGGAUUAACCAUGAUCAUGAUGACGAUGACUGGAACAACUUGUAAUAUCUUUGUGUAAUGAACGAAAAAUGCUAAUGUGUAACGGCACUUGUAAUCUAGGUAGGAAAUCAAUUAGUUAAACUAUUAAGUGUAUUAUAAUAUAAAACGAUUAUCAUCAUAAAUUAAAACUCCA